AUGAGACAGGAAACCACUCUGCUGACUGACUUUGUCCUCUCUGGAUUGUUCAACCACCCAGAACUGCAGCACCUGCUGUUCUUCACAUUCUGCUUAAUUUAUACCAUCACCAUCACUGGGAACCUUCUCAUCUUCAUGGUUACAGUGCACCUGAUGCUCCACAUGCCCGUGUAUUCCUUCCUCCACAUCCUGUCCUUCCUGGAUAUUUCCACAGCAUCAGUUGUUGUUCCCAAGAUGCUGGUAAACCUCUUGUCAGAGGACAGGAACAUUUUCUACAUGGGCUGUGCCACUCAGCUCUACUGUGUGAUUUUCUUAGUAACCACUGAAUGCUACCUUUUGGUAGCCAUGGCCUAUGACCGUUAUGUGGCCAUAUGCAACCCCCUUAGAUAUGCAGUCAUCAUGAACAGUAGAGUUUGUUUUACCUUGGUUCUGCUGUCAUGCUGCAGCAGUAAUGUUGUGAAGAAUAACUACUUCUUCUGUGACAUUCCCUCACUCAUUAUACUCUCCUGCACUGACGUCUCUUCGUAUGAAAAUCUCAUCCUGGUGUCCUAUGGAUGCAUCAUCUACAGCAUCCUGAAGAUUUCCUCUGCAGAGGGCAGACACAAGACCUUCUCGACCUGUUCCUCACACCUUAGGGUUGAAACACCGUAUUAUGCAAGUGGGACCUUGAUUUACUUAUGGCCAAAAUCCAGUAAUUCACAGGACACUAAGGAAGUCCUAGCUCUCAUAUACACGACCAUAGUUCCCACAUUAAACCCUCUGAUUUACAGUCUGAGAAAUAAAGAAGUGAAAGGAGUACUAAGCAGAAUGAUGGCUGAGUUGAUGAAGAAAUUAAUCUUUUCUGUGAAUGGGUGGUUUAAAAAUGAUAUUUCCAUAUUUG